GAUUUUUUUUCAGUGAGCCAGGUACUGUGUGCCAGUCUCCUGAGGAAGCCAGAGACAAUUGGUGCGGUGCGGGCCGAAGUGGGACAGUGGGGGAAUUGACAGGACCCUUGGUGGGUUCUCGGCUUUGACGCUCGAGAACACCCGAGCACAGCUAAAAAUUGGUUGAUCAGCACUUCUGGUCAUCCUUAUUGUGGCAAGGAAUACGUAUGGUUAAUGCACUUUUGUUGCGUGCUACCUAAGCUAGGUUCAAUGGUCCUGGGUGGGUCUGUGCACUAUACUCCUAUCACUGAGGAGCUUACACGCAGGAUUCUCCUCGUCUUUCCCCCAAGAUCAUCAAAAACUGGCCGCAAAGCGACUAGCAACCUCUCAUCGGUCACAUCCACCCAUAGAAGUGGUAAAGUAUACAACGAAUCUGCAUUGACAAGUGAUACGCCGCAAGGAUGGUUUACCAGUCGCCUGUUUUUCCGAUUCACGAUGAGACCAAUCUCUCAAUUGCGCAAUUCAUGGCGCGAUAUAAUCCCGAUGAGGUGCCCGCGGAUAAAGUUGUUCAUACUGAUACUAUUUCCAAGCAGCCUAUUACGUAUGGUGGACUCCGCGAGCAAGCUGCUCGUGGUGCUUGGGGCUUGCAGAAGUUGGGAUUACGGCCAGGCGAUGUCCUACUGGCGUUGGCGAGCAACUGCAAUGAUUUCGUUCUUCUAGCUCAUGCGACGUGGUGGGCGGGUGCUGUUUUUGCUCCUCUCAAUACAUCGGCGACACUGGGGGAUAUUUCGCAUGUUCUUCAGAUCGUCCGGCCAACCCAUGUCGCAACCAUCGCACCAAAGCUCGAUCUGGUCCAGGCCGCGUUGACUUCCACGUCGAUGACGAAAACAAAGAUCAUGACUGUUCUCAGUAAAGUAGAGAACCUUCCGCAGUUCCCGUGUGAUAUUAUCAGCAAAAGCGUCGCGGAAAGCCUACCACCCUAUGAUCUCCAGGGCAGAAGCUCCAGGGAUGUGUGCAGUACCAUAUGCUUUUCGUCCGGAACGACUGGGAAAAUAAAGGGCGUGCAGCUCUCUCAUUACAACCUUAUCAUGAACACUAUAACAAUGCGUAUUUCCAUGCCAGCGCGAGUUAACUCUACUAUAAGAGAGGUCUUUUUUGCGCCAUAUUGCCACAUAUAUGGCCUAACCAUAGUGGUAUUGUCUGGCAUGUCGGUUGGGGCCUUGUAUUGUGGUCUUCUAGCAUUUGACCUCGAAACUUUCUGUCGGAAGUCGAGCGAGCUGAAGGCUACAGACUUACAUAUCGUCCCCCCUAUAGCACUCGCCCUAGCGGUAUCACCCGUCACACAGAAAUAUGACCUGGCUUCCCUGAAAAGAAUUGUCAUCUCUGCAGCCCCUUUGAAAAAAUCCGUGCAGCUUCUGCUCAAGAAGCGGCUUCCGCAUACGAGAGUAUGCCAAGGCUAUGGACUCUCCGAGGCUUCCGGAGGUAUCAUACAUCAGAUAGACGAAGAUGAUCUUGCUUACGGAAGUGUUGGCAAGCUCGUCGCUGGAAUAGAAGCUCGAUUAGUAGACCCGAAAACAGGCUCAGAUGUCCGAGCGGGACAAGAGGGUGAAUUAUGGGUCCGUGGCUCGACAGUAAUGAUGGGUUAUGCCGGUGACAAAGCAGCAACUGAGCAGACGUUCUCAGGAGGAUGGCUCAGAACAGGAGAUAUCUUGAAGAUAGACGAUCGUCAAAAUUUCUGGGUCACCGAUCGGUUGAAGGAGAUGAUCAAGUACAAGGGUUUCCAAAUAGCUCCCUCUGAACUUGAAGAUCUACUCAUACGACAUCCAGACGUGAUCGAUGCUGCAGUCUGUGCUGUGUAUGAUGAUGCUCAAGCUACUGAAGUCCCUCUCGCGUAUGUGAGCUUGAACCUUGAGAAGACAGAAAUGCCGGAUCACGAGAAGCAGAAGGUUCUUGAAAGUAUUCGAACCUGGACAGAUAACCAGCUAGCGGGCUACAAAAAGCUGAGGGGCGGCGUCUUCCACCUGCAGACUUUGCCCAAAACUCCUACUGGCAAGAUUUUGAGACGGCUUUUACCUGCAAAGUUGAAGGAGAGAGAGGCCAAACUUUAGAUGCCUUUUCUAAAAUGAUUGUAUAGUCAAAAAGAAUUUGACGUGAUCUUUCCCAAAAAAGGCACGUGAAAGCUACUCUUAGGCUGCCUGAAUAUUGUUUUCCCGAUAGAAGUUGAACUCUGAUCUCUCAUUGCUUUUUCCUUUUAUUAUAGAUGCGGCAUAUCUGUUUUGUCCAUUCCCACCUGAAACCUGGCAAUAUUUUAACAGGAUAAAACCGAGUGUAUAUUACCGUCUUGAAAAUGUUUCCCGAUGUUGGACUAACGUAAUUCACACGCGAGUUGGUCACCCC